AUGGCAGCGAACAAAGCAAUGGCUGCUCAAGAGGGAUAUUUAGACCCAAAUGAUCCAUCCUUAAGUUGGGAAAGAUUACUCCAAAUUGCAAAAAGGAUAGCUAAAGGACUCGAGUAUUUGCAUAGUGGUUGCAACCCUCAGACACUGCAUUUUGACAUUAAACCUAACAAUAUCUUUUUGGAUAAAAGCUUUUAUCCAAAGAUCUCAGAUUCUGGACAAGCUAAACUUUGUUCUAGAACACAUAGUACCGUCUCAGUGCCUGGUGCAAGAGGCACUGCUGGGUAUAUUGCUCUAAAAAUAUGGAAUAGGAACUUUGGAGGAGCCUCCCACAAGUCAGAGGUGUUUAGCUAUGGAAUGUUGAUUUUAAAAAUGGCUGGAGGAAGGCAAGAUAUCAAUGGAGAAGGGAGUGAUUCAAGUGAUAAAUAUUUUCCUCAUUUUGUAUACAAGCAAAUUGCAGUAGACAAGAAUAUUACAGAACAUGAUGACAUGAUGUUGGGAUUAUGGUGCGUACGGACAAUGCCAUCAGAUAGACCUGUCAUGAGUAGAGUGAUUGAGGUGUUAAAAGGAAGCUUGGAACAGCUCUCAAUUCUACCAAAGCCUUCCAUAUUUUCUCCUACACCUCAGCUUGCUGAUCUCUGUAAAUAUAGUGAUGAAUUAUGUGGCAGUCCUUUCUCCCAGUUUUGCGUCUCUGUACCAUGCUAA